AUGACACAAACUGGAAAAUGCGACACGUGUCGUCAGCGGAAAGUCAAGUGUGAUGAGGAGCGACCCAAAUGUAGCUCAUGCAAGAAGAAAGACCGACCAUGCACCUAUUCCUACGGAAAAGCUUCGGCGUUUGUGGUGCAGGACCCAAACCAGCUGACCAAACAUGGAAAAUCAAGAACCACACCCAUCACAUAUUCGCUGGCUCCUUCUGAUGAAGAGUUCACAUCGCCUUCAACAACGCCUCCAAAUCUAUGUGUUACAACAGAAAGGCGCGCCGAGGAUGGACAAGGUUACUUCCAGACCCUGGCGCCACGCUCGAAGUAUAGAAGCCAUCUGUCGAAAAAGAAAACAAACAAACAGCAACGUGCGCUUGAGGCUUACCUCUGGAAACUAAGCGAAGAGAACACACUCGUAGCUCACCAGCCAUCCUCUCCUGAGACGACGUUGAUCGCACGAUAUGUUGGCAUGUUGGGACCGGACCCUAUAGGAAGGCAACCUUUUGAGAUACUGGGAACCUGGAUACAGUCGAUACCUUCGCGCAUCGGCUCGAGCAAGAUGUUAGACCUUGCUGUUGAGUUUCUAGUCGACAGCUAUGGGACGUUUCGAGAUGAUACACACUCGAGGCGCAAGGUCGCUAAAGCGUCGAAAGCCAAAGCACUGAAGGAACUGCAGCUCGUUGUAAUGAGCACUAACACUAAUACAACGUACGAUGUCUUGUUAGCAACAAAACUGCACUACGCUGCGGAAGCUCUUUUGGGGCUGGAUACUAUGUACCACGCCAUACAUGCGUUUGGCCUCGCCGAACUGCUGAGGUCAGGAUCUGUGUCGGAUGUUGAUGACGAGCAUUUCUGGGAUCUGAUCGAUAACACUUAUAUUGAUGACGUAAACGAGGCGAUAUUGGCAGGCCGAACGUCAGUAUACCAUAACGAAUUCUAUCUAUCAGCGACAUACCCUCCACCGAUCGAUUCAGACGUGAUAAUACUGUCACCAUCGCAAAGAGCAUCGAUGGCCAUCAUGCACGUCUUCAUUCAGUGCCCCUACGCAGUGUCCUUAGUUCGGCACGCUAUCUCGAACCCUGACGAUGCCAAUGCCCUUGCGACCGCCAUGUCGCACAUGGAGCGUCUGAUACAAAUCGAUAUCUCGCAACACGUAUCUGAACUGAUGCAAACAUCAGUCUCUGCAGUACCCAUACCGCCAUCACCAGAUGUCGCUGACCUAAUGCCGGAUACGCUAGAAUUCAGUUCCGUGCGAAGUAUGAUCCUUUGCACAAGAUACUGGAUGUUGCAGACAGUGCUUUGCGGUCUUGCGGACACGCUGUAUCGACACUUCCCCAUCGAGGCAGAGUCAUCGCUGCUUCCAUCACCUCAACAACUACGAAUCAUCGACGUAGACAGCGCAAUACACAUUGCAAAGUCCUUGAGAUGGGCCGCUUCUGUUUCUCAAGAUUUACCGCUUGUAACACUACGCUUGCACACGCCGCUUCAGAUGACGAUUGGUCCAUGGCACCGUACAAUAAGAGGAAUUUCUACUCAGCGAUCACGAUCCAGUUCGCCAGACAUCCACCCCGAGAUUGCGAAGGAGUUAUCACGUGCAGAACGUAUGAAGGCCUGGGUCAUAGGUCAAUGUAACUUGAUACACAUCCAGUGGGACGUCUCUGUCGUCGAUGAACAACCCCUUCUGGAAGCCCUCGAUACUAUGGCUGGAGAAAAGAUCCCGGAUUGGCUUCCUGUACGCGUGCGUUUCGAAGCCGAAGACGGUGAAAUGGUCAUGAAGUUGGAUUACGAAAACAAAACAGGAAGCUACACAGAGAAGAUCGAUGUCAACACCGAGCCUCCGCCUAAAACGCGAAUGCCCCAUCCAGGAGCUACAGGUCAAGAAUGGCAAAGAAAAUAUCUAGGCGUACAAGAGUUGCCGCUUAGGGUCAGUGAGAAUGAAGGCACGAGACAUAACGUAACCUUUGACAACAAGCAUAAAAAUGCUUGCUUAGCUCCGAGCUGGAAUACUAGACCUGUGGACUUCAUUCACAGCAUCGGAAGGAACUUAUGCUCGACUUCUGGGUGGUGGCCUGAGACACCGAAAACCUCGACAGUGUUGCUGGACAGCACGCACAAAGCCUCGGCUUUUUCGCGCAUGCCACGCCAACCACAUGUGGAUGUCGAGAGUACAUCCAGAGAGAUAGACGGUCAUCCUUGCUUGGCUUCAAGUUGGUGGCCGCAGACUCCUAAUCAGUCAUACAAUAGCUAG